UCGAAAGGAGGACAAGCAGAUGGGUAAGUAGGAAUUACAGCUACAGCCCUAUUGGGGAUGGAAUGUGUCCGGCUAAUUUUGGGGGUCAACAACAGUUUCAACUCGACACUGACGACAUUGAUGAUUUCCGGGAGGAGUUCCGCAUAUGGAAAACAUGUGGUAGUUUUGACAAUCGCCCUCCGCCCAUGAUUAUUGAAACCUACCUCGACACAUCACGGUUAAAAAGCGGUCAGAGUCUAGCUGCUCUGGAUGAGAAUGGGAAGCGUUGGGAUGUUGUAGAAGCUAUUAACUCGUCAGACCAGUCGAGUGACAGCAGUAUCGGGCGCCAGGGAAAGCCCAACAGUCAUGUCGUUUUAGAGCGGUGGCGUAUUGAAUUGAAAGGCUCUUCCUCCGAUGACCUUGAAGAUUUCGGCCCCCUCCUUCCCACGGUGUACAAGAAGGCUAUCGUUCUAAUGCGGUCUAUAUACACCACCACGGGAAUAUUACCUACGUGGAAACUAGCCAGAAAUUCCAAGACGAAAGGCACACAUCCUGCCUUGACAGUUCGCUGUCGUGUUUCCUCCGGUGAAUCGCGAAGUUUCGGAUCCGACACUUUAAGGACGCCAUUACUUGAAGGUAGAGGCGAAGUAGCUACCGACUACAUGUUUGGUGACCUCGAGGUGCCUGUGGGUCGGUUCUAUGUCUCAGUUUGCUAUCGGAAUCAUUGUGCAUUUGAAGUGGUCGAGACGGAGUCGCUCUUGAGUUCCAGGAUAGGUAUGGCGAUAUCUGAUGAUAUGUUCAAGCCGUCUCUACCACGAAGAACUCACAGCCGUCACGACUCCUUAGCACACGAAGUCGGAUCCUUACCAUAUCAGCGCUACGCUCAUGAUAUUACCGAAAACCAGCAACGAUAUGGGAGUUUAUCGACCUUCCACGGUGAAGGUCCUGUGGGUACAAGUCCCAUAUCUGCCCUCCGAGCGGUGAAGGCACCAGGUUCAGAUACAUCAUCACCCCCUGAUUCCAGACCUGCUAGCGUGGAAACUCCGGCUCACUCUCUGCCUAUCUCUAGUAUAGCACGGCGAUCCUCUCUUCGCAUGACAGAAGGAUCAAGUAGACGCCCAUCUGUCUCAUUUCAGUCCUCGCCCUUUAAGCAUGGGUCACUGUCUGGCUCACCCGUCCCGCGCCUGCAAGAUCAGGAUGUCCCACCAUCACCUCGGACGUCGGGGGUGAACAUGGCCACACAUGUACGAAAUAGAUCUUCGUUGACGGCUGGGAUGCCAGCUUCAUUACGAGGGGGGCCGCCGCAGACUACCAGCGAUAAUUCUGUUGCUGGAUCACCAAGACCAGCAAACACAAACCGUUUCAGUAGUAGUUUCACACAUCGCCGUGGCCGUCACUCAUUCGGUGGCACUAGUAGGGGCGAGGAUGAUCAAAUGAGCAGUGGCAAACAAAGCCUCUCAUCCUCCAUUGCUCAGCCAGGUUCUGGCCUCCUCAACGAAGCAGGGGCUGGAGGUAGCUCAGGCUCUUUCCAGACUGAUGACGAUAGUAUUCAAGACUUCCUGAAGGCGCUGGAUAGCAAGCGUACACUUCAAAGUUUUGACCCAUCCAAAAGGGGCGAGUCGGCAACUAAGAGAACCGCUGCUCAACUCUCGAAAUUCUAUCACAUGCGCGAGUCUAACAACGCCCUUACCGAAUCCUUGAACUCUUCGAUGCAACUGCAGAGAUCAUUAAGCACUUCUAGCCGACACUUGACUAAUGUGCCAGGUAUGUCGACAUCUUCGUCGCCUGGGAAACCGUUGUCCCCUCAUACACCCCACACGCCCGCUAUCCCCUCCCGUCUUAGUGAGAACUCGAGUGUGGAUUAUACGGCGCCAGUGCGGGCAGCACCCAGACCUCAUCGUGAUGUCGACCUACCAGAGGGAGUCCCCACGAAUGUCCCAGCUGCAUUUGAGAGAACCACGGCCAUUGACAUACCUUUGUCGCCACGACCGUAUCCUCAUGCACGACGAUCAAGUUCUGUUGCCCAUCAGCCUCGUGUCCAAUCUGAUGAUGAUGAUGGAGAAGCCCGGCGUAGCCUUAGUCUUGGAGCAGAAGAUCGUGAUGUCCCCAGCCUUAGUACGUUGCUUAGGCGAGCCACUGCCGAGGAAGACGAGGUAACAGCCUCACCAGCUCUUCAGCCACCUGCUGACAUACGAGCGAUCGGGUCAGUCGAUACGGAAGGGCAGGCGUCAUCUUCCGCUGAACGCGAAGUUCGUCCACCAGGAAGUUUCUUCAGUGGUCUCUCCGGGUCACCAUAUGGCAGGCGUUACGGUGGCAACCCCGGUCGAGGGGUUACACCGCCACAUUCCGGUAGUGGCAGCCUCGUAGGCUCCUAUGGACGGUAUGGUCGUGGAUAUUCACGCGGCGGCGCCACUGGUGGGCCAGGUGGUGGUUCUACAGAGGAAACAGAAGACGAACCGCUUCUUUUUGACAUGUCAGAAAUAAACCGUGACCAAUCACGACGGAGCCUCGAGGAGAAUCGUGAUACUAUCAGAAACGCUGGCCCCGGCGGAGAGCGAGGUGUGUACGAAACGAGCCACAGGAGUCGUCGUUGGUAAGCUCAGAACACAGAUUGUUCGCGGGCUUUGUUUUAUUAUUAUUAUUUUUACCUCUAGGAUACUCGGGCCAUUUCGAUGGUGCGCCUCAGUGCCAGCAAGGCACAGAAACUCCCCCUUCGGCUCUCUCCCUUCUGGAUGUGGUUGUUUACGGAAUAUAUAUACAAAUUGGAACUGUUUGGAUCACAUCGAGGAGUCAAUCAGGAUGGCGUUUAUGGAGAUACGACAAGGCGACUUCCAAGGUAUGAUGGCGGCUGGAGUCGAGAGCGAGCGAGCGAGCAUUGAUAUGCUCCUAUUCUUGAUGCGCUCGAUGAUGACUGCCGGCGUUGGGAGGGCAUUUCUGCAUUAGUGUUAUUAAUCAUUCGCAUUAUACCUAGGCUUCCCACCUCAUACAAAGUUGGGCCAGUGUUCAUAUAUAGACGACGGUCGUAUUAGACUAGGGUUGGCAUGCGUGACGUGCGCCCUCCUCUCCAUGACUCGAUUGUAAAUGAAUGCAUUUAGAAUAUAGCCACCAAUUGUUCAAAUAUACCAACCUUGACCAAUCAAUUGCAGCCGCUGAAAUAGCCCAACCUAUCCGCAGCCAUACAAAAAAAAAAACAGUUGAACGCGUAUUGCACUUGUUGGAGAAGAGUCAAGCCUUGAUGGUUCGGCGUCAUCUUGCAUAGCCCUUUGGUGUGGGGAUCGCCGGGCAGAACCCCG